AUGGAUUCUCAUGGUCCGCCGCCGAUUCUACGCCUUACUGACUCGUCGGCUAUCAAGGCGUUUGCUCAACAGCGUCAUUCCGGGGUGUGCUUUGUACGAGAAGCACUAGAAAGCACAGUGUACAAGCAAAAGGCUUCCGCUGACCAGAGUGGGCGCAAGCACCAUGAUAAUUUUCAAUUGGUGACUCCGUAUUGCUUCACAUCAGGUAUUCAAGAUGCAGCUUUCUAUAUUUUGGACCGUAACAUCUACUCACUAAACGCGUAUACGCUUGAUAUUCGUACGGCCAUGCGACUACAAUCGACGUUAUACGUUGGGCGACUCAGACCUUAUUGGCUGGCUCUUCUUCCGAUGGAUUAG